AUGAACAGAGUCGCAGAAGCAGCCAACAAGAAUAUCAAGGGGAUAUUGAGGAAAAUUACAAACAAUUACAAAGGUUGGCACGAACAAUUGCCCUAUUCUUUACUAGGAUACCAUACUACGGCCAGAACUUCAGUAGGAGCAACUCCAUAUUUGUUAGUCUACGGUACUGAAGCAGUCAUACCUGCCGAAGUUGAGAGACCUUCUUUGAGAAUCAUCCAAGAAGCAGAGUUGGACAAUGUUGAAUGGGUCCGAGCUCAAUAUGAGCAACUGGCUUUAAUUGACGAGAAAAGGAUGGUUGCCUCAUGUCACGGUCAACUACUCCGACAAAGGAUGGCAAGGGCCUUCAACAAGCUAGUCAGGACUCGGCUUUUCCAAAUUUGUCAGCUGGUGCUCAAAAGAAUUUUCCCACAUCAAGAUGAAUACAAAGGUAAGUUCGCUCCCAACCGGAAAGGUCCUUAUGUAGUCCGCAAAGUACUCUCUGGAGGAGCAGUAGUACUGGUGAAAAUGGAUGGACAAGAGUGGCUGAAGUCGAUCAACUCAGACGCAAUCAAGCUCUAUCAUGCAUGA